AUGGAAAGAGCUCUAAACGUUACUGGAAGGCCCAUAAUGUACUCUUGCGAAUGGCCAGCAUAUUUGUACCCUGAUCAGCUAGAGGUGAAUUACACACAAAUUCGACAGUCGUGCAAUCUUUGGCGUAACUAUCACGACGUAGCCAAUUCAUGGCAUUCGGUGUUGAGCAUUAUCAACUUCUACGAUAAAUGGCAGGAUAAGCUUAUCCCAGCUGCUGGCCCAGGAGGAUGGCACGAUCCAGACAUGUUAAUUAUUGGUCUCAAUCCUGGAUUGACCGUUGAUCAAGCCAAAGUUCAAUUAUCAAUUUGGUCUAUCUGGUCUGCGCCAUUGAUAAUGUCGAAUGAUUUGCGGGCAAUAGAUCAACAGUUCAAAGAAAUUCUGCAGAACCGCGAUGUUAUAGCUAUAGAUCAAGAUCCGCUUGGUAUCAUGGGGCGACUAGUUUUGAAUUCUCAAGAUAACGGUGUUUAUGUGAAGCCGGUUAUUCCAACCAGAGCAGAUGCCACAUCCUUCGCGAUUGCUGUGCUAAAUAGGCACAAUGACAAACCUUAUGUGAGUAUUGUUGAAAUACAGAAAUAUUCUUAGAU